UAUAGUAUUCACAGAAUACAGUAAAGUAUCCAGGUUGUACUGCAGAUCUGCAUUGCGAAUAUGUACUUACAUAUAACGAUAAAGUUGUGGAAAAUAAGGUCAUCGUGUACACAAUAGUAACCUGAAAAUAAUUAUAAAUAUUUUCUGAAAUUGGCAUAUUGGUGGUGUGUCAAUCAUUUUUUGUAUUCUGUUGGGCAAUACCAUUUUUUGCCCAAUUUCGAUCAGUUUCAAUAAAACUUUCUGUGAACGUGUAAAGUGCCCCUUGUUGGGCACAAGGAAAAAUCGUGAAAAUUGCGUAUAUUUCACGAGAAGAUAUGCCAGACAGCGGUGCCGUUUAUCAACCCACAACGGUGGGUUACACGUAUGACAGCGGUGGUGAUGGUGCUGGAGGAGGAGGCGGGAUAAGAAGUAGUUUCUGGAGGAUUAUAUCCCGGCACAAACUCAGUUCCAGAAAAUGGUUGGAAUGGGUAUUGCUUUCAGUUGCUUUAUCAUUUACCGCUGCUGGUUUAACUACUAUGCUGAUCUGUUUAGUAUCAGAUGACACACCACAGGAAAAUAAAAUAGAGAUAAAAGUGGAUGACCAUCCAACAACAUCUAAAACAAACAUAGAAGAACAUAUUGAAGAUACUUCAGAAAGUUCUAUAGCAUUAGGUGCUGGUAUAAUGCUGGUAGGGAUGUUGCUUGGCUUUGGCUGGGGUUGGCUUCAUUAUAUCCAUCGUGGGAAGUCUCCAAGAAGCGGAAUGGUUGGAAGCAGUGGUCAGAUGUUGGGCGGUUUGAAUCCAUCGACUGACUUGCUGGUGGGUUCCACUUCGCAGUACGGGCCAGUACUUACGGAGUUGCCGAGCCAACUAAAGCUGAAACAGUCAAAUUCACACGACACUCCAGCAAUACCACUUUCUGACCAGGAAGAAGAGACACGCACUCUAAUGCAGGACUCUACAAUUCCUCCAACUGUUUCUAUUGGCCCUAAUACUAUCACUAAUCAGAUUCCAGGUUGAGUACAAAGGUUAACUGCAUCAAUGUGUAGUAAGAACACAUGAUGUGGACACUGUUUGCGCAUUUUUAAUUUUAUGUGAAUCGAUCUGAAUCACAGUCUUUACCAUUUUGCCAUUUACUUGACUUUCCCAUGAACAAAACAUUUAUUUCUUUUCAACUGUCUUUGGUAGUUAUUUUAUUGUUAGCUCUACAAAUUCAUAUGACCUUCUUCGUUUGCUUGUUCGAUUAAAGAAGUGUAAAAAGUUGCGUUUCUAUAGAGUGUCAGCACAAGUACUAAUGUAAGGUUUCUAUCUUCAUACUUCUGUUACUUAAAAUUUUAUCUUUUUCUGUUUACCUGUGCAUUCCUCCACUCCGUCCAUUAUCAUUGGUGAUAUGUUAGGUAAGCAUUGGAUCCAGAUGCUAAAAACGUUCAAACAAAAUGAUUUCAGAUAUAUUUUCUAGACAAUUAUUUUCAUUAUUGUUUAAAUACAUAGCAUGUUUAGUAAUAAUCGCAAUACCAAUACGUUUGGUAUGGUAGUAAGUUAUAGUAGUACGGUAUCGGUCUUUGAGAAAGACCGUUGAAGAAUGCAUGUAUAAAUAAAUAAUAUUUUAUUCUGUCCAAAUUGAAUGUAAUGGCAGCAUUAAGUGUGACUGACAAUAUAUAUAACAAAAUAUUUGCUCAUCUGUAUGUAUAUGAUGAAAAAUGAGCGAUAUUUACAAAGUAAACGGAUAUGUAUAUAUUAGAGUAACUUACAUAAAUUAUGGCAUAAAGCAAUCCUAUCUUUUCAAAUUAAGUCAAAAAGAAUGCAAUACAGGGCAGUGAUGGGAAAGCACUGCACAAUUUUUGUUAUAUUACUUUACUGGUUUUAUACUUGUGUUAUUUGUAAUUAAUAAAAUUAAUUACAUACAGUGUAAUUAGCAUGUAUGUAUAUUAUAAUAACAAGUACGUUUUUUAUAAUACAGCUAUUUUAUCCUUUAAUGGAAUUUUGGAGUUAGUUUUACUGAUUUUUCAUAUAAAUCUUGAGACUGGGUCGCAUUGUGUACAUACAUAAGAUAAUCUACACAUAAGGUGUUCUGAUUAUCAGCAACAAAUUUGGAAAGAUUAUCGAAGUAUUUCUAAGUAAACAUUUUUUAUUUAUAUGUGAUAUAAUUUUAUUUCGUAUUAAAAUACAUUUACGACGAAAGACCAAUUUUUCUCAUAUGGUAUAAAAUAUAAUUAUUCAUAAGUAUCGAUAUAAUUUAUCUUUAAUAAUUUAUAAGUUUAUUGUAUCCGAUUUAACGAAACUUCUACAAUUUGGAAUCGGAGUGUUUUAAUUGUUCAUAAGAACUUCUGAAUGAGUACAUUUUGGAGAUAAUUAAAUAAUCGCCAGGGAACUUUGUCUGGAUUCAAUGCUGUCAUAGAAUGAAUAUGUAUAUGUUAUUACUUUUUCAACAAUUUAUGUAAAAUCCAAGCUGUAGUAGUUACAUGAUUUAUGCAAUUAUUUGUGUAAGCAUUCUCCUUAUAUAAGAAAAAUAAAUAAUUGAAAGAACA